AUGCCUUCAUGGAACAUCUUUAGCUCCUCCUCAUCCAAGAAUCGGAAACAUCACUCUGAGGAUCCACGAGAAGAGAAGCUUCCAACCGCCGAUCGUGAAAAAACGUUGAAAAAACAAUCUUGUUCUGAUUCUAACAAGAAUGAAAAAAUAAUUGAAAUUGAUCAUUUGCCAGUGAUGGAACAACAAGUGGGAAAAAGAAAAUUAAAACUUGUUCAUAUGAGUGAUAGUCAUCAAUUUCAUGAGCAUUUGAAAAAUUUUCCUGAAGGAGAUAUUUUUAUUCAUUCGGCGAUAUUUCUCAUAAGAGUGAAAAUUGUAAUAUUUGGAAAUCAUGAUAUUGGAUUCAACGGAAUUUCUCCUGAAUUUGUUCAAAACAAUGUAUUAACUAAUGCCAUCUAUCUUCAAGAUCAAUCAGUCAUUAUUAAAUACAAGGGAAAGCAAUUACUUAAAAUAUAUGGAACACCUUGGACGUCAAGUAGGAAUAUGGGGUUCAGUAUGAAUCGAAAAGAUAUUGAACAAAAGUGGAACGACAUCCCCAAUGAUAUUGAUGUUUUAGUCACACAUUUGCCUCCAUUUGGAAUCAUGGAUUUGGCUAGUGGCACUGAACCUCAACAUUAUUGUGACUAUUGUAAAAAGAAUCAUUGUUAUAAGAGACAUUGGGGCAAUGAAGCUCUACGAAAAAGAUCUAUUCAACUCAAUGAACAAGCAAAAUUGAAAGCACACUUGUUUGGGCAUGUACACGAAUAUCAUGGUUUGGAGUUGGAAAAGCAGUCUAAUGCAACAGUUCCAUUAAUUUAUUCGAACGGCGCCUCUGUGGCGAAUCAUAAUGACAAUGAUGUUCGGGAUCUUAAUGUUAUUGAGCUUGACCUUGGGAAUGAGUAA